AUGCACCUCCCCUCCGAAUCCUCAGAAGAUCGUAACGCGGUUCUGCACAUCGUACGGGACCUGAGGGGAGAUGCCAUUGGCGCUCUAGAUCACCCACUCGCCUCGAGCUCGGACUAUCCCGACGUAGUGCUUGAAGUAGCAGCAAAUCUCUCGCAUGGGCGGCCCAGCUCGGAUUACUUGAUUCUGUGGGAACUAAUCCUGCAGCAUUGGUUUCCGCAGGACCAAGGCUAUCGGAUCCAGCAUGAAUGGAAACUGCCACACUCGUCGUCGUGUUCGACUCUUGCCGUGUUCGAUCAGCAUAGUAACACUCCCGUCCUUCUCCUACAGCUCUGCGCGCUCGAAGACUUCGACGAUAUCCAGACACGUGCAACUGCGGAGGCGUUCUCCGAAGAGGACUUCCACCACGUUGCGCAGUACUGUAGCUCCGGUCCGCUCUGUGCUCUGACUGCCAUGGGGCAGAGGUGGAUGGCGUUCCAGCGCUUCGACGCCUUGACUGGCCGUGAGGCACCACAACUUAGCGGAGAGAGGCGCGUUCAAUGGAUGGAUGAUGCCAUUUCAGAGUUGUCAUACGAUCUUCUCCGGAGUCUGCUUGUGGAUCUCAAAGAAGGUGUUCGAGUGCUCCGCCUAAAUCACUAG